AUGAUACUGUUGAAGUACACGGUUGUCUUACUUAUACUUGCAAUUGGUUUAAUUCAAGCUAGAUUGAGAGUAGAUAAAGAAUGGCCAGGAGGGUUUCAAGGAGCCAUAGAAAUUCCAAUUGUAAAUCAAAUCAAUAACGGAUGGGAGCUCGAAAUUCAAUUUGAUCGAUCGGUAACCAUUGAUGCGUGGUUAGGUGAUCUUCGAUCAAAAUUCGAAGAUCAAAUCUUUAAAUAUGGUAAUAAAGAAUGGAAUGCACAAUUAGCAAGUGGUUCAGUAUUUCAUUUUGAAUUCGUUGUUAAUGGUGAUGGUGUACCAAGUAGUAUCAUAACUGUUUUAUUCAAUGGACAAUCAGUCAAUAUUGAUUCCGAUAUUGUUAUUCUACCUGGAUCAACAAUAAAUCCAACAGGAAGUACACCAACAUUUGAAACAGAAAAUUUAUCAACAAUAAAUCCAACAGGAAGUACACCAACAUUUGAAACAGAAAAUUUAUCAACCAUAAAUCCAACAGGAAGUACACCAACAUUUCAACCAGAAGAUUUAUCAACAACUUCAAUUAUAUCAAUAGUAAAUGACAAAUAUAAUUAUGGAGCUGUUCUUCAUGCUUCACUUCUUUUUUAUGAAGCUCAACGAGCUGGUAAACUUCCAACUAAUAAUCGUAUUAGUUGGCGAAGUGAUUCCAUGUUAAUGGAUAAAGGAGAAAAUGGAGAAGAUUUAACUGGUGGUUAUUUUGAUGCUGGUGAUUUUGUUAAAUUUGGUUUUCCCAUGGCUGCAUUUACAACAUUAUUAGCAUGGGGUGUUAUUGAUUAUAAAGAUGCUUAUGUUAAAUCAGAUGAAUUCGAUCAAGUUCUUCAAGCACUUCGUUGGUCAACUGAUUAUUUUAUUAAGGCACAUGUCAGCGAACGUGAAUUUUACGGACAAGUGGGUGAUGGACAUGCAGAUCAUGCAUCAUGGUCACGACCAGAAGAUUGGACAAACCCUCGACCUGCAUGGAAAGUAACUGUACAAAAACCUGGUUCUGAUUUAGUAGGUGAAACAGCUGCUGCUCUUGCUGCUACUUCAAUUGUUUUUCGUUCGGUUGAUCCAGAAUAUCAAUCAAUAUUAUUAACACAUGCUCGGCAAUUGUAUGAUUUUGCUAAUGAAAAUCGUGGCAAAUAUUCAGAUUCAAUUACAAAUGCAGCUGAUUUCUAUAGAUCAUGGUCUGGUUAUGGUGAUGAGUUAGCAUGGGCUGCUGCCUGGCUUUUACGUGCAACUGGUGAACAACGUUAUCAAAUAGAUGUUGAGAAACAUUUUCAAGAAUUUGGUCUAGAUAAACGAUCAAAUGAAUUUAGUUGGGAUGAUAAAACAGCAGGUGUUCAAGUACUUAUGGCUAAAAUUACACAACAAGCUAAGUAUCGUCAACAAGCUGAAUCAUUUUGUAAUUAUAUUGUACGACAAGCUCCAAAAACACCGAAAGGUCUUGUAUUUCUUAGUCAAUGGGGAGCACUUCGACAUGCUGGAAAUGCAGCUUUUAUUUGUUUACAAGCUGCUGAUGUUGGUAUUAAUACUCAAGAAUAUUUAGAUUUUGCUUCUCGACAAAUCAAUUAUAUGUUAGGUGAUUCAGGUCGAUCAUAUGUUAUUGGUUUUGGUCAAAAUUAUCCUCAACGACCUCAUCAUCGAUCAAGUUCAUGUCCAUCUCGACCAGCAGUAUGUGAUUGGAAUGCUUAUAAUAGUCCUCAAGCUAAUCCUCAAUUAUUAAUUGGUGCUUUAGUUGGUGGACCUGAUCAAAAUGAUAAUUAUGAAGAUCGUCGUGAUGAUUAUAUUAAAAAUGAAGUUGCUACAGAUUAUAAUGCAGGUUUUCAAUCAGCUGUUGCUGGUUUACUUCAUUAUCAAUCGAAAUAG